GUAACGAUGAUACUCAUAGUAAGGUAGUGUCAUUCAACUUGAACGGAUAACACGAUAACAGGUCUAAGCGAUGCUGCAACAGAAUCAGUAAAUCAAUAAUUCGUUAUCAAGAGUUAGUAGACAAACGUAUAAAAUGAGAUUUGUAUAUCUGAUUGUCUUCAUCGAACUAAUAUGUGACGUGUACGGAUACAAGAUCUUAGUGGUAUUCCCGAUGCCUGCGUUCAGUCAUUUUCGACUCGGUAGUACUCUGGCCGAUGGACUGGCAGAAGCAGGACAUGAUGUGACCUUGGUCAGCCCUUUCGAGGACAAGAAGGUGCCUGGAAAUGGAUCACUCAGGAAUGUCGUUCUUUCACUCAUCAGUGAACUCAAAAAUGAUAACAAUGUCCGUUUCUUCGAUAUGGCGGAAUUCGGUGUAUUCCUAGAAACGUUGUUCGUGAACUAUCUCGGGAACGAUGCCACUAAUAAAACGUUGGAAGAUCCAGCACUUCAACGACUCCUACAUUCCAAUGAAAAAUUUGAUGUCGUCAUCAUCGAGCAAUUUAUCAAUGAUGGAUUGAAGGCUCUUGCAUGGCACUUUGACGCCCCUUUGAUCAUGUUCAGCACCAUGGGAGCAACCGCUUGGUUAAACUCCAUAUCUGGAAAUCCAUCCCCACCAUCCUACAUCCCCGAUACAUUUGUGGAAUACGGCAGUUCCAUGACGCUAUGGCAAAGAACUAAAAACUCAUUAGUCAAGCUCUUCCAUGAUCUCACUCGAUACUUCAUUGUAUACCCUGCUCAAGAUGAAAUGGUGAAGAGGCAUUUCCCAGGGUGUCCAAGUGUUGAAACUCUAUCUUACAACGUAUCGCUGUUCUUUUUGAAUUCACACGAGAGCUUUGCGCAAUCUGUCCCACUCGUCCCUAAUAUGAUCAACAUUGGUGGAUAUCAUGUUCAGCCUCCCAAAAAGCUGCCAGUGGAUCUCCAGAAGAUCUUAGAUGGUGCUAAAGAUGGAGUCAUUUUCUUCAGUAUGGGAUCAAACAUAAUUCCUUCGCAAAUGAAAUCUGAAACAAAACAGGCGUUGAUAGAUGUUCUGGGUGGGUUGAAAGAAACAGUACUCUGGAAAUGGGAUGAGGAAGAUUUACCGGGUAAAACUGGUAACAUUGUGAUCAGGAAAUGGUUUCCGCAAAUGGAUGUUUUAGCACAUCCGAACGUGAAAUUAUUCAUAACACAUGGAGGAAUACUUAGUACAACGGAAACAAUCUACCAUGGGGUACCAAUUUUGGCAUUACCAGUUUUUGGAGAUCAGAAGCUCAAUGCGGCUAAGGCAGUGGAUGCUGGAUAUGGAGUUUCCCUUCACUUCCAAGAUUUGACUAAAGAUUUGUUCAGCUCGGCAUUGAAUGAAGCCCUGAAGAAUCCAGAAUAUCUCAAGAAUGCUAGGAAGAGAUCUGUGUUUCUACAUGAUAGACCUAUGAAGCCUAUGGACCUUGCAGUCUACUGGACCGAAUUUGUAGCAAGAUUCAAAGGUGCUCCUCACCUCAGAGUUGCUGCAGUUGAUAUGCCAUGGUACAAAUAUUACCUGGUAGAUGUUAUGGCCAUGUUAAUGAUAAUGUUUCUUGUCGUUUUGACUUUAUUGUAUUUAGUCGUUAGGAAAGUUUGUUGCCGUCGAUCAAAUAAUUUGAAACUAAAAAAGAAUUGAUUCGUUUCAAGUCAAGAUCAAUGAUCUUAGGAGAAAUAUUAAACGUGGUUCAUUUGUCAAUGUCGAUUUACCUUGGUAACUCAAUAGGUCAACCAGUUUCUCGAAAUGUUAAGACAAUUUCCUUCACAGGGUGAACCGAUUUAAAAAUAUGAAAAAUUAUCAUUCAUAAUCCCCCUAGAGAAUGAGUUAUGGCUGGAAAUUUUUUGAGUACAUGAAUUGUUUGUGAAUUGAUAUCAUCAGUUGCGAAGCGAUGAAUGAUAGUUUUUUUCAAAAAUUCAUUUACGAGACAAUAAAUUUCUCGCAAUUCAUUCAUGCACGUGGGGGAUUUGGUAAGAAGAUUUUAUACCUGAAAUAUAUUG